GAGACAGGGCCCCGGUGUGGGUGUUUCACCCGGCUGGGCGCUUUGGCCGUAGUGGCCCUGGGCGUGCGGCCGGCGCCCGUGACAGCAGCGUCGCGGAGCCGGCUACCCCGACCUGGGGCCACUGCGGGUCUUGGUGACAGAGCCCCAUCGCCUGGCGGGAUGGGAGGCGAAGCGGGAGCCGAUGGUCCCCGGGGCCGUGUCAAGAGCCUGGGGUUAGUGUUCGAAGAUGAGAGCAAGGGCUGCUACUCAAGCGGCGAGACAGUGGCCGGGCACGUGCUGCUGGAGGCAGCAGAGCCCGUGGCCCUGCGCAGGCUGCGCCUGGAGGCCCAGGGCCGUGCCACCUCAGCCUGGGGCCCGAGCGCUGGGGCCAGGGUCUGUAUCGGUGGCGCCUCUCCAGCAGCCUCCUCAGAGGUGGAGUACUUGAACCUGCGCUUGAGUCUGCUCGAGGCCCCAGCUGGUGAAGGCGUCACUUUAUUACAACCAGGAAAACACGAGUUUCCCUUUCGCUUUCAACUUCCAUCCGAACCUUUGGCAACAUCGUUUACUGGGAAGUAUGGCAGCAUUCAGUACUGUGUGAGGGCUGUUUUGGAACGACCCCAAGUUCCAGACCAGAGUGUAAGAAGAGAGCUCCAGGUUGUCAGUCACGUGGAUGUCAACACCCCACCCUUAUUGACUCCUAUGCUGAAGACACAGGAGAAAAUGGUUGGCUGCUGGCUUUUCACUUCCGGUCCCGUGUCACUGAGCGUCAAGAUCGAGAGAAAGGGCUACUGUAAUGGAGAAGCUAUCCCUAUCUAUGCAGAAAUAGAAAAUUGUUCAUCUCGCCUGGUUGUUCCUAAGGCAGCCAUAUUCCAAACCCAGACAUAUUUGGCUAGUGGAAAGACAAAGACAGUCCGGCACAUGGUUGCCAAUGUUCGUGGAAACCACAUUGGUUCUGGGAGUACGGACACAUGGAAUGGGAAGAUGCUGAAGAUCCCACCUGUCACUCCGUCCAUCCUGGAUUGCUGUAUUAUCAGAGUGGACUACUCCUUAGCUGUAUACAUUCACAUUCCUGGUGCUAAAAAGUUGAUGCUGGAGCUGCCCUUGGUUAUUGGUACAAUUCCCUACAGUGGCUUUGGCCGCAGAAACAGCAGUGUCGCAAGCCAGUUCAGUAUGGACAUGUGCUGGUUGGCACUGGCCCUGCCGGAGCAGCCUGAAGCACCACCAAAUUAUGCCGAUGUGGUAUCUGAAGAAGAAUUCUCCCGACACAUUCCUCCUUACCCUCAGCCUUCUGCCUGUGACGGGGAAGCCUGCUACUCUAUGUUUGCCUGCAUACAAGAAUUCCGGUUUCAACCUCCGCCUCUUUAUUCAGAGGUUGAUCCACAUCCUGGUGAUGCCCAAGAGACCCAGCUUGUGUCCUUCAUUCUCUGAACAAACUCCAGACUUCACUGUGUUGUUACCAACUUAGAAUAUUGGUCCUUUCGCCUCCCUUGCUGGAUGAGAGAGAAAGUUAACUUCAGAAUGUCAAUGAUCUUCAAGGCCGAAGAUGAUAGAAGUGAAAGGAUAUGAGAGCUUUUAGUGGCCAGGGGGAUGGUUUUGCAGUUUCUAGGGUGGGCUCACUUGUCCCCUUUAAAAGUGGAUGAAAAUUUGAAUUGAAAAACCGGAAGUCCUGGUGGUAGGAGAGGAUGUGGAAGAAUGCCCGGACUGUUGAAGAGGGAGUCUUAAGGAAUUGGGAUGUUACUGGAGUCGCUCUGCCCAGGGUUCACACACAGUUGUGAACUUAUGGACUUGGUUGGAAGACAUGAUUUAGGGGAACAAGACAGCUUUGAAUUGAGUGUGAAUGAGCAAGAGGUCUACUUUCAAUGCAAUUGAGGACCCCAGGUAUUGGGGUCUUCAUGAUUUCGUAUCAUGUUACCACAGCAAGGAUCCAGAGUCCUUGAAAGUAUCCUUUCUGGAGUCAGUGGUCAUGUGACAUCCUGAAGGAACUGACAGUGGCUCCAGUCUUCCGUGAAGAUGCUAAAAUGUACCUUGGAAAUUGGUUCUACUAUAGUAGGAAGCCUAGAUGGGAUUCCUUAAAAGUUUGCCGUAUCAAACGGAAAAGAGGAAUUGUUUGUGAAAGCGUAUGUUGUGAAGGGCUGAACUUCUUACACUUUUAAGAACUGCUUGCAGGGUGGACGUUUGAUUUUCCUCAUUCCUUAUUUACUUAGGAACUAUUAGAAAAAGAAGGGGUAGGCACAACAUCUUUGGGAUACUUGAUACCUAUACAAACAGAGUGUUCUCUUCUCCUACCUCUAGUGGCUUUGUCAGACCUGCUCUCAAAAGUCCAGGCCUGACCGACCUCUGGGGUUUCUGCUGUGUGCAGUUAGCAGACUCCUCUGAGCCUGUCACUUGACCAGAAAACUAGACCAAGGAAAAAGCCCAUGAACUCAGCAUUAAAGAGACAUAAAUACAAACACCUAAAUCUUAAGAAACCCCAGAUCAAAAGAGGACAGAAGCAUGCCUGAGCUUGGUUCCUGUGAAGAGACCUCAGUGGGCAGAUGGCAGUUCUUGUGUUGUACCUUCGUAUUCCAGUUUGUUAGUAAUUCCAUUUAUACUGUGAUUUGUUUUUU